AUGGUCAGAAAGAGAGAUCGAUUUUGGGAAUAUGUAGAGCCUCUGGAUGGCAAAUUUAAGUGCAAGUUUUGCGAUAGAAAGUUUGCUGGUGGUAUUCCGAGAGUUAAAUCACAUUUAUCUGGAAUUAAAGGCGGUGGUAUAGAUAUAUGCACCAAGGUCCCUGAAGAUGUUCAAAUUGCUGCUACUGAGGUAAGACCGAAGAGACCUCACUUAAAAUGCAUCAGUAAGGACGACGUCAUGCUGGAUAAAUUGCUUGUUAAGUUCAUCCUCUUUAAUGGUGAUGAUGUCGACAUUGUGCGGAGGCCAUCCUUCAUUGAAUUUGUGAAUGCUGUGGCUAAACAUGGUUCUCAUUAUAAGUUGCCACAUCGUUCGGUAGUCAAAACAAAGUUAGUGCCUGAUUUGCAAGAGGAAAUUGGAGAGUAUGUGGCAAAUGUGAAGAAAUCAUGGGUUAGAACUGGCUGCACACUCAUCAUUAAUGUUUGGCGGCGUGAGAAGAGAUCCUUCAUGUAUAUCUUUGCUUCUUCUAUUGAAGGGGUGGUCCUAUUGAAUGCGUUGGAGAUUCCCAAUGAUGAGUUUACCUCAGAUUUGGUGGAAGAGAUUUCAAAUUUUGUCACUCAAGAAAAUGGGGCCAACAACUUCGUGCAGUACAUAACCGAUACUGAUCCAAGAGAAGAAAUCUUUUUUGAUAUUAUGCCAAAUGACGACCUUUCCCAUGUGUACAAGACUACAUGCGUUGGCCAUAAAAUACAAUUACUCUUCGAGGAUAUAUAUUGUGAAAUCUCUUGGAUUCGAAAGGCAUUUGAUCAAGCGAGAGCAGUUGUCACUAAGAUUCACAAGCAUGAUGGCAUCUUAUCAUCGAUGAAGCAGUCCACAAACUACUGGCGGUUGGAACAAUCAUCAACAACAACAAAUUUUUUCUCACACUAUUAUAUGCUUCAAUUAAUCAUGAGGCUUGAAACUGAGCUGCGAUUGCUUGUUUCAUCAUCUGAGUGGCUUUCGUUGGGUUUAGAGAAGGAUUAUUCAGGCAUAGAAGUGGGUGAAAUCAUUCGCAGUUCCGAAUUUUGGCCUGAAGGGAAAGAAGUCCUGCAUGCUUUAGAACCGAUAUUUCGGCCGUGGAAGUGGCAGAUGAGGCUAUAA